CCUAACUCUAUGAUAUAUGUUGGUUCAGUAAGAGGCAUAUUAUUACAUACACAACAUAUAUAGUCGACAAAGGUAGUAGAGAAUAAAAAAAAAAAACAAUUUGGAACAAAGAUGAAACGAAAGAGAUGUGAAAUGGAAGAGACAACCAAGAAGAAGAAGAUGACAGAGAUUGGAUCUGCCAUUGAAGAGCUCUCUCUUCUUUCCAUAGCCAAGACCACUAUAGUUUCCUCCGAAACAGAAGCCACUAACAUCAUCAAUCAUCUACCUUUAAAACCUCUCCUCUCUUUCUGCAAACUAAUCGUCCAAGUUCUUGAUAAGAUUGGCCCGACAAUGGCUGUUCUCCGACAAGACAUUGAUCAAAAUAUUCAAAGGCUAGAGAAGAUGUGGGAAUCUGAUCCUCUUUUGUACUCAAAUUUGGUUGAGAUACUGAGAAUAGAAGCCAAAGAGGGAUCCUCUAGGAAACCUAAAAGCUGUAGCAGAGCUGUUCUUUGGCUAACGAGAGCGAUGGAUUUUACGUUAGCGUUACUGCAACGGCUGGUGAAGGACAUGUCGCAAAACAUGGAACAAGCCAUAGAAGAAUGUUAUAAUUUGACUAUAAAACCAUGGCAUGGAUGGAUCUCUUCUGCUGCUUUUAAGGUGGCUCUUAAACUGGUUCCAAACAAUAACACAUUCAUCAAUGUGCUUGCGGGAAAAGACGAGACUCAUCAAAUGGUCCAAGAUGAUAUAACAAGUUUAAUUUCAUUGCUCAUUCCACUUCUAAACCAACUCCAUUCUAUUUUGGAAUUAUACGAAGUGAGCAAACUAAAGUCACCGUGAGAAAGAGAAGUGAAGAGAUGGACUGAUGAAGGGUAUAGUUUUUGGUUGUAAGUUGUAACAAAUUCUAACUUGUAGCAUUACUUCUUUUAAUGAAUUUUAUUAAUUUUUAUCUUUUAA